GUUCGUGUGUAGCGCGCACACACGCCGCUCUUUUGUCCGUGCUCUGCUUUGAAAUUCUCGUGAAAUGUGUUGUUUUUAUGCUCCUUUGACUGGCUAAAGGAUGUACACGGAGCCCUGGAUUUAUUUAGCGUCCACUUAUCCCCUUACGGCGCGUUAAUGGACCCACCGCUUUAUAAUGACGAUGAGUUCGCUCUCUGACAGUUUGGUUGCCUCGGAUCCCUCCAAAUCGGCCUUUUUGGAAUUUGGCCACGGUUACCCACCUCACCAACAGCAUUCCCCCAAUUUGUCUCACGGACAUUAUCCCGUUCAUGGGUUGCAUCCGGGUGGCCAUUCGCAACAUGAUAACCCCUUCUCCACUGGCGCAUCAUCCUACGGACGCUCCCUCGGUUACCCUUACCCGGCCCCAGUGGCUACUCACCACCCCGGUGCCUAUCUUCCGUACCAGCCCAGUAGCCACAACAGUGUUCUGGGACAUACAAGAAUAGACGAAUCAGAUCACGAAAAGCCGACUGUGAUUGAAAACGGAGAAAUCCGCCUUAACGGGAAAGGGAAGAAGAUUCGCAAGCCCAGGACGAUCUACUCCACUUUACAACUCCAGGCCUUGAACCAGCGCUUUCAGCAAACUCAGUACCUAGCUUUGCCUGAGCGCGCCGACCUUGCCGCGAAACUGGGCCUUACACAAACUCAGGUCAAAAUUUGGUUCCAGAACAAGCGUUCCAAAUACAAGAAGAUCAUGAAGCACGGCUCAGGAGGACCUGAAGGAGAGCACCUCCACGCGGCCUCCUCUGCCCCUCCGUGCGCCACCGGAAUGCCGCCUCUCUGGGACGUUUCCAUGACGAACAAAGGAGGCCCGAUGCAUUCUGGGGGAUAUAUGAACUCGUUUGGCCCCUGGUAUCCAGGCCACCACCAACAGGACUCUAUGCCAAGGACUCAAAUGAUGUGACGAGCGUAGCAGCAGCGGAGGAGGAAUACAAGCUGGACAGAGCACGUUAAAGUCCUGCCAAGUACCGCAGUCCUUCUGCCUGAGAUAUAGCUCUCGAGGCAGGUGAUCUACCUGGGAACCGCUGGAUGGGUGAAUGGGCUGGAACAAAUACAGUACAUGAAUGCUACGCAGCAAUUUUUUCUACUUUCUGAACCCAACCCGGAGAUGGCAACCUCUGGUGACUAGGACUACACCCCAUGCGCAUGUAAGCCAGGCCAGUUUUGUGUGUGUGUGUGUGUGUGUGUGUGUGUGUGUGUGUGUGUGUGUGUGUGUGUGUGUGUGUGUGUGUGUGUGUGUGUGUGUGUGUGUGUGUGUGUGUGUGUUCAGCACAUGCAUUCAAGACCCCUGGAGGUGUGGAGGGAACGUUUAACUUGGGGCUGUGUGUGGAUGUGGACCAGAGUCUGAUUUUCACAAGUCAUACACAGGAAUGCUUCAGAAUGAAGGUUGUAAACAGUUCUUAUGUUGCUGAAUUUCCAUCUUGACUUUUUUUUUUUUUUUUUUUUUGGUGUGAGAUCCAAAUGACUUUUCCACUUGAGCAGAUGUUGACUUCACUUUAAUUGGACAGAUGGAACAAGAGGUUUUGCAUCCAGCUGCUUUUGACAUGAACUUGGUUUGCAAGAAGACAUGUUUUCAGAUACUGUCGAGUAACUCAUUUUUGCUCUGCCAUCUUUGGUGACUUCAUCCUCAAUAUGUAUGCAGAAAUGCCUUUUGCUUGUUUUGUCUUCUGUCUGUAGCAUCAGAUUAUGAUGUAUUCUAGUAUGUUUACAUUGAAUAACAAGAAUUGUUCGGCAUAGUUUCUUUUUUGUUGUUGUUGUCAAAACUGUUAUGUCUAAGUUUUUUGUUUGUUUUUACAGGGAAUAUUAUUUUACAUUAUAAAGUCUAGAUUUUGUUUCAAAGAAAAUAAAGAAAAAGAAUUAUUUGUGGA